UGGUUUGUUUAGUUAUUCGGCGGCCCCUCCUCCCCCUCUCGGUGCGAACCGGCCCCGACCACGACCGCGACCGCCCCGACCGCGUCCACGACCACUGACACACAACACCACACAAGAGAGCACAUGUGUCAGUUUCUCGUCAGCUGUAUUCUUUGGUGUAUUGUCUUACCGUCCUCUGGGUCCGCCGCCGCCCUCAUCGCCGCCAUAUCCGUUCAUCUCGCCGUAGUUGUUGUGGUAGCCCCCUUCAUCGCCGCCGCCAUAGCCCCCUCCCCUGCCCCUGUAGCCGCCGCCCCGGCCCCGCCCGCGGCCGCGGCCGCCCCGUCCGCCACGGUAGUUGUGCACCUCCUCGUCGCCGCCCUCAUCGUGAUCGUAGAACCCGCCACCGCGACCACGACCACUGACAGACAUCAAGAUCAACACAGACAGACAUGCUGGAGGGGCUGGUGGCAAUGUGUGGCGUGCUCUUCUCUCUUACCGUGGUCUGUACCCCCCGCCUCUGAAGCCGCCCCCGCCCGAGGGUCCGUAGCCGUAGCCCUCGUCGUAGAAGCCACCACGCCCGCGAUACGGACGGAAACCGCCGCGAUAUCCGCCGCGGAAACCUCCUGGCAUGGCAAACACACCAGGGAGCGAAUGGUAGGAAGGGUGACUGUGGUGUGUUGUUUUGUUGCGUACGUCCUCUGCCGCGUCCUCUGUAUUCUCCGUUGGUGUACUCCUUGACCAUGUCGUCGGACAGGGGCGCCUGGUAGCCGGGGUCGUCGGUCUUGAGCGGAUCCAAACUCACCUGCAAUGCAGUGCAAUGCAAUGCACACACAGCCACACACCACACACACACUUAUGCGGCUGUUGAGCCCUUGGUUAAGAGGGGUGUGUGUGUGUGGUGUGUGUGUGUGCGCGUGUGUGUGUGUGUGUGUGUGUUGACUGACCGUGAUUUCGAUGAAUGAGACGUUGCGCGUGUGGAGGACCUUGUCGAGUCCCUCCUCGAGGGGCAGGUACUCGUCCGUGAUGGCCAGCGUCCCGCACUUGUUGAGCUGGUGGAUCCCAUGCACACGGCGCUUCAGGAUCUCAACCAACGUCACCGCCUGCACACACACGUCCACCACACACAUGGAGUGCAUUGCAGAGAGAGAUGCGAAUCACGCCACAGUGUGCCGACAUACUCGGUGCUUUCGAUGUCUCCCCGCCCCAUCUGAGUUACCUGGUGUAUGGCGUUGCCGGUGGCCUUGAUGACGAGCUCUCGUUUCUCCCGCUCGCUGAGCACCUUGCUGGCGUACGACACGUAGUUGAUGACACGCCCGUUGGUCGACACGCGGAUCUCGCCCUCCUUGGCGGGCUCGGGCUCCUUGUCAACUCGACGGUACUUGUCCAUCCUCCUCUCUCUGUGGAGUAGACCACCAACAGCUCACCUCAGGAGCUCACGCAGCCGGUGGUUGGUGGAAAGAGGGACGGACGGCAGGCGGUGUGCCGGGCGGGCUGCUCGCGAGAUCUCGCUCCCUGCAGGAAGGGAGAUCUUGCCCUUUCGUGGCUUGAGUGUUCGAGAU